GAGCCCCCGCUGCUCCCCGGCGCCCGGCCGUGACGCGGCGGCGGCGGUUGUGCGGCGGUGGCGGCGGCCAUGGCCAUCUGUCAGUUCUUCCUGCAGGGCCGCUGCCGCUUCGGCGACAAGUGCUGGAACGAGCACCCCCGCGGCGGCGGGGGGCGCCACCAAGCAGGCGCUGCCAGAGGAGGAGGAGGGUGGGGCGCCGCAAACCAGAGGUACACCAACGUUAUUCAGCCGUCUGCCUUUAAGGGCAGCGCGUGGGGUGGCGGCAGAGAUCCGGGCAGAGGAUUGUUCGGCUCCUCCGAUUUGGGGUCGUCCGGCAGCGGCGGCAGGAGCGCGGACUUUUCUCAGAACAGGUUCUCCGCGUUAAGCAAUCAAAACGUCGGUGAUGGCUACAGAGAUGAAGAAGAGAGACUUCUUGAAUGUAUAGUGAAAGACAUGGAAAUUUGGGAAUCCUCAGGACAAUGGAUGUUUUCAUGUUACUCACCUAUGAAAGACAAGCCUAAUAUUACAGGCUUUCAAGAUAUCUCACCAGAAGAAUUGCGUCUGGAGUGUUAUAACUGCAGAGCAAACAAUAACACUCAGACCUAUUUAAAUUCUGUCCAGCAUUUAGCGAAAGAGUGGAAAGACAGGCUGCUGCAGUUGAAGGCUUUAAAUGCAUCGACAAAAGUAGCAUUGCUCUCUGAGUUAAAGAACGCGGUCAUGCAGCCAUUACCUUCGUUUGGAUUUGGAGGACAGCAAACAUCCAGCUUUGGGGUGUCAAGUUUUCCUGUGAGCAGCAGCAGUAACAGUGCCAGCAAUUUCUCCUUUAAAACAAGUUCCAGUCUCCUCAGUGCCUCGUCAGGAAACACCCCUGCUUUUGGGAGCUCUUCUGCUGGCUGCAGUCCUCCCGCGUUUGGUGCGAUGUCCUCCACGAGCGUUUCCCAUCCUGCUGGUUUUGGCGGCCCAUCAGCUCCCUCUGCAGCCUCCUUCUCAUUUAAGCUUUCCGAAACAACCAGCGGUUUUGGAACUUCUGGGUUUUCAGGCUUUGGCAGUUCUUCUACUAUGAACUCUUCAGGCAGCACUCCACUUCCAGCUUUUGGAGCUUUUAGUGCAGCAGCACAAGCGUCCCCCUCACAUUCAAGCAGUACUUUAUUUGGUCAGACUGCCUCUGCCUCUGCACAUAACGUAACACCGGCGCCUUCUGCACUCACAAACAGCGGUACAGCAGAUAAGUUAUUUACACCCAAGAGUGAAUUAACAGCAGAAGAGUUGAAACAGUUUGAAGCAAAAAGGUUUAUGAUGGGAAAGAUACCUCUUAAGCCACCACCACUAGAACUUUUAAAUAUUUAAGACUUGUACGUUUAUUCUGAAAUUACACAUUUUCGUAGCUGUUCCGUGACACCUCAAAUACACAAUUUUGUGAUUGAGUCAUGAAUUAAAACGCCUCUCUCUGAGAUAAAUUUUCAUUUCAUCUCAGUCUUCUGCAGUAAUAAACGCUUUAAAAU